AUGGAUAAAGGAAAUUCUUUCGUUUUCUCAUUUCAUAAACUUUCGAUUCUUGUCUUGUCUUUUCUCUUCUUCAAUUCUGGCUUCUUUUUUCUUUCAUCUUUAUAUUCUUUCCUAAUCAAUCUUAAUUAUUCUUCCUUUCACUUUCUUCAUUUUUAUUUUGACUCCCUUUUUCUUCUUCUUUGUUCUUUCUUCCAUUUUAUUUCUUUUUCUUUUUCUCUGUUUUAUUCUUUGUUUUUAUUCCUUUUUUUCAAUGUUUUCAUUCUUGUCAAUCGCAGUUUUCUUCUUUACCCUCGUUUCUUUCUCGUCACACCUUUUUAUUUUCUUAUAUUCCUUUUCAUUUACCUCUGUUUUUUCCGUUUACUUUUUCUUCUUUCAUUCUUAAUUUUCCCGCCUUUUUCCUCGUCUUUUUAUUUCUAUUUAUUGUUGUUGGCAUCGUUUUUGAAUUUUGAGCGAGUCUUCUUCUUUCUAAUUCGGAUUUUUUUUAAUCGCCUUUACUUCUUAUUCUACUUCUUUUAUUCUUUUUUCUGCUGUAUUUUCUCUUUCUUCUGCGAUUUUCAUAUUUCAUUUUUCCACAUUAUUGUUGUUUCUAUUUUCUAUAUAUUCCUAUUUAUUUUUUUUCUUUUGCAUAUCAAAACAUUUUUUUCUAUUCCUUUUAAAAUAUUCUCGUACAAAUCAUCUUUCUUUCUGUUCUCUCUCCGUCUUUUUUACUCUUCUUUCUUUCUUUCUUUCGAUAUGUCCUCUUUAAUAUCUUCUUGCUGA